UAAACUUUCUGUGAAAUAGUUGGUGAUUGCAUCUAUUUUCGUUCUUCGAAUAAACGAAAAAAAAAAAUUGUAAAUAUGAUAACCCGUCGUUGUAACAAGCCAAAAAGCCCAACAAAUGUUGGACUUUCUUUUGUAGAAGUGAAGGAAGAACCGGAAGUUAAAUUGUACGACCUCAGUGAACUGCUUCAACCUCAAAGGACACUGAAGCGUACACCAGAAACAAUACACAAGCAUAGUUCUACAUUACAACCGAAAACGUCUGAGCAAAAAUCAUGCAAAACUAAUUACAGUAGAAGUCGUGCCACACAGGUUAAUUCAGAAGACAUUGACGCAAUAAGCGUAAGAAGUUUAGAUCUGUCUAACGUUCAAGCUGAAAAUAAACCAAUUCUACCUAUCGGAACCGAAGUGACUAUCCCACAGUGUCGGUUUUGUCUGCGAAGAGUUUCACGUGCAAAUUUGAAAAUCAUUCUCACUAAACAUAAAUCAAAAGCACAAGCCGCUUUCCAGAUACGUGUAUUCCCUAACGAUGCCUAUCCAUUUGCUUGUUCUAACUGUUUGAACUUGAUAGACAUUUUCCUGGACUUCAAAUCAUCUGUCACGAAGGCACGGAAUCUACUUCUGAAUAAAAGAAUGCAUUUGGAAAAUGACGGGUGGGAUGAUCCAACACAUAUAGAAGCUUUCAACCAGUGUAAAGCUGCCGUCGAGCAACAUCGAAUGCAGAUAGAGGCUAUCUAUGAUGAGCAAAUGACUAGAGAGGAAAGACGAAAUGAAUCCGUAUUUGAAUCAAAAAUGGAGCAGAAUGUUGCAGAACAAGAAAUACCUUAUACUAACGAUGAUUUUGAUGACGAACAAAGUUCAGAAACAACAGAUAAAAUGGCGAUUGAACCAGCUGUUGAGUUAGAAUUGGAAUUUGAUAUUAACGAAGCGAAACAUAUGUUGAUGUCCCAUCGCAAUAUUAAUGAGAAUAUUGAUAACGAUAGUGAACUAAUCACCACUUUGAAUGCUGAUAUAACUCAUGAAGCACAUGUUGAGAAUGAGAACUACACUACUUCAGUUGAUGAGGACUACGUACACCUAUCGAAGAGAAGAAAGGCAAAGGUAAUCAAAUAUUAUACCGAAUCUGAGCAAGAUUAUGAAGAUGACGACUACACUCCAGCUGAAACGAAUUCAUCAGAUGACAAUGACUACAUACCAGAAACAUUAGAAGAUACAUCAAAGAAACCCAAAGCAUCAUCAGAUUUCGAACAGAAAACAAACGAUGAUAUUUCCAUACCUGAAGAACUGGAAGCUAACAAUAAAGGUAAAUCUCCACGUUUGUCUAAAGCUAAAGCGAAUCCUAGAAAAAAGGAGUCGACAUUGAACAGACCACCGGAUUGUAAACCGUCUUCCAUCUUGCAUGUAUUAUGCGACUUGUGUGGCGAAAAGAUGCGCCCUGAAACGAUUGAAGGCCACAAAAAUCGUCAUCUAGGAAUUAAACCUUACAUAUGUCCUGUGGAUGGUUGUGAGUGGACGUUCUACGGUCGAACUAACAUGUCUUUGCACAUGAGACGUAGGCACCCUGAGAAUGGCGUCCCGUAUCAGAAAUGCGACGUAUGCGGCAAAUAUAUCCGAGGAAAUCGUAGUAUCUUCAAUCAGCACAAAAAACGACAUUUUCUAAAAGAGAAAAGCUAUGUCUGUCCAGUGUGUGGCAAAGGCUUCACGCUAGACAGAUACCUCAGACAGCAUUCGAUCAUUCACACAGGACUGUUUCCGUAUGAAUGUAGCUACUGUGGUAAAAAGUUCAACAAUAAAUGGAGUAUGAAGACCCAUGAGAAGAAUAUGCACGAAAAGAAGAACCAAACAUCAACUGGUUAUGAUCUAGACCCGAUUAUAGAUGCGGCUGCAUCUGGAACCAAUUAUGUACAUUAAAUAGUUUGUAUAGCCUCGCAAAUACUUUAUACCACAGACAAACAGACGUAGCUUUCAGAAUAAAUUGCUCUAAAUCAUCCAUCGCAACGGAGCUUGCCAACGACACCUCGUGAGCUCUCCGCGGAACAUAAAUCUGUUGAUCUAAAGUCGCAAAGAAUGUUGCUUAUGCAAGGUAAAUUGAUUAUAUACAGAAACGUCUAGCGCUACGGCAGAUGAUCCAUGCAACUAAU